AUGGGAAGAACUUAUAAAAAGGAGUUUUUCAAACGACAACAAAGACAAAUACGUCGACGAAGGGAGCAAGAAGAGCGGCAAAGAAUAGAGUUGUUGCACGCGCAGAUCCAGCAACAACAUGAGCCGCCGCCGCCAUAUUUUUCGGAAAACAGCGACACUGAGCGCGAACUUGCGCAACUUCGUGUCCAAAUCGAUGAGCUUCGUGCUAGGCUUAUACAAAUAAAUGAGUCGGGCCAGCGCGAAGUUCAUAUUCUCGAGGAGAGGAUACGUGCGUUAGAAAGUCUUCCAAAAUCCGAAUUAAUCGAAAAUAAAACAAAAAGAUUUUCGGUUAAGACGGCAAUAAUGGGUCCUGAGUCAUAA